AUGUCGGCCAGUAAUCCCAUCGUACCUCUGGAGCCCAAUAGUCUCUACAUCGCCACCAAUCAGCUUAUAAAUCAACUCGCCAGGUUCCACUGGGCCUUUUACAAGACAGACGAAAACGGCAAGGCUACCACAUACGAAUGGACGGAGCUCCCUCCUCAUUCUGACAGAUUCGAGGGUGUAACAAUCACUGCCGUCGAUCCUGUGACGACUUACACUACAAAGCUAUCGAUAGUCUUCGCCUUCAUGAAGGUCAAAGGCACGAAGACGAUGCCUGACCAAGAGGCGUUCCAAGAAAUGGCGAUGCAAGCGUUCACCGGUCCGAAUCGUUUGGGAUUCACUUCGCUAUUAGAGAACCGCCACGCCGGCAUGUCAUGCAGAGCCUGGUUAAAGAGCAUGCUGGCCAUGUUGAUGGAGAAGGGUUUCUUGGAUCGUAGCGAGAGUCCGCAGUGGUUUGAAGACGAGAUAACGAAAGUGAGCGUUGAUUUGGAAAUGCAGUUGGCGGAGGGAAAGGGCCAGGACAGGUCGUUCAUCGGAGAAAUUUAG